GAGGGGAGGGAUCAUGCCAUGGUUGAGCGACAAUCACCACAUGACUCAACCUACCAAAUACCAAUUACCUGGAAUUGACAGAGUACACUAGCAACAAAACUGUUGGAUUUCACAGGAUACAUAAUCACUGUAUUCCCUUACUGCGUAGAGUUGUAGCUUUUUCAAUCAAGGAAUGUAAUAUACUCUGGCAGAUGGACGUGAAGAUAAAAUAUCUAUGCUGUAAUCCCCUCAAUUCUUCAACACAGGCUGGUGUCUGACAUCAGGAAGUUGGCAUCAGUCUAGACUUCUAACAAAGCUCAAUGCCAGAAAAUUGGACUUGCUCAACUUGAUUUUAGAACUUGCUCAACUUGUUUUCCAUGUGUCCAGAAACACAGAGGCGUGCUGAUGGUGUUGUGUGUGGACAUAUCUGACAACAGUUGAUAAUCACAGAUGAAGAAAACAAGUGCUUGAGGAUCAAAGUGGUACAAACCUUAAUGUGUCAAAUUUGAGGAAAAUUAUGAAAGCAAUGUUUUUGUGGUGGUCGCUUGCAAUCCUUCUCUUGAUCCAGAGUGUCGCUUCAGCUUUGGAGUUGGAGAUGCUUGACUAUAAGAGUGAACACUUCACCUGCUCAAAGGGUAUCUCGAACUGCACAGUGAAGGCAGGUGCUGUGGUUCUGAUCCCAGAGUGUCCUGUCGAUCUGGAGGUGCAGCCGGUGCUGUGCUGCAGACAGGGCACGGCAUGCAGACCCUGCCUACACAUUCACCUUGACAUCCAGCCCAGAAACCACCAGACAGCAUCAUAUGUGAAUGUAUGUUACAACGUACCAGAACUAGGAAUGGACAUUUGCAAGAUUCUGGAGUUCACAGUGAUCCCUGCUGCUCCUGAUGGGCAAGCUACAUCCAAGGCAUGGCUGUCACUGCUGCUUAAAGAUAAUGCAGUGUCCUUCAACAGUCAGGUGACUGUGUAUGUUUGUUCCCACCACUCGAAAGUGGUGCUUCCCUCAGUGGAUGAAGUGUGCUCAUCUGCUGCACAGGGGGUUGUAGAAGAGUGUGACAGACACUCUCCCAGAAGGAUGUUGACAUGUUCAGUCCCUAGUUUCAGCGCUCUGAUUGAUCAGGAAAGUCAUGAGGUGAGGCUGCAAGUCAACAAGGCAGAUGACAGCCCCUACCCACUGGAAAUGUGCCUACAACAUGAAGAUAACGGAGUGUGCAGGACCUGUAAGGAGAGUACAGUUCCACUGCACUCUGUCACCCCCUGCAUGUGCUUCCAGGUGUGGUGGAAUAAAGGAGACGAGAGGUCUCAUCGAUCCAUUAGCUGUCCCUUUAGAAACCACACUGAGCUGCUGCAGAGGAAUGUAUGGGAGAAUGUGUCAGUAUCUGUGGUGCAGGGCCAAAUGAACAGUGGUGGUGCCAUGCUAUCCUGGAACCUGACUGCCCCCUGUAGGGUGGAGGCAGAAGUGUGGCCCUGCCAGAAAGGGGCAGGCUUGGACAGGUGCACAGAGCUGGUUGCCUUUAGGCAGCGUCUGUCAGAUGACAUUUGGAGGGAAAACAGCAGGGGACACUGGGUGAUGCCCGGUGUGUUUGAGGAUGUCGUACUUGGCCUUGAUCUCUGUGUGAUGGUAAAAGGGAAGAACAGUGAGCUUGGCCCCUUCUGUCCCAUUGACUCCAGUUGGUGGCACUGGCGCUGGAGUCUGUUGGUCCUGCUCUCCCUGAUGCUGGCUGUCCUAGCAGCAAUUUGUCUAUAUUUCCUGCAUGGUAAACUGAAACGGUGGGCAUGGGAAUGGUACCAGAAGGAGUGUGGUCGACUAGCCAACAGGGGACACAUAGUGCUGCUGAGCCCGCCGGACGUGGAUGGCUCUGUGUCAGAGUUGGUGUGUGAGCUCGGUUCCUCUCUGUGUGCCCAGGGCUUCAGUGUCUCUGUGGACCUGUGGAGUCGGGCUGAGCUGUGCUCUCUGGGGCCUCUGCCAUGGCUGCACUCCCAGCUGCAGCACCUGGACAGUCAAGGGAUCCGGGCAAUACUGGUACUGACACAGGCAGCCUGGGAGAGGGCAGAGGACUGGGUCCGACAGUGGGACCAGCAGGGCCAACAGGGAAAGGAUAUAGUCCAGGGAGUGGGGAAGGAGGAGGGGGGUGAGGAGGUGGAGGGGGAGGAUAAUGGGCUUCUCCAGGGCAUGUUCUCCCCGUAUGCAGACGUGUUCAGUGCCGCUCUGAGCUGCAUCAAGGCAGAACACAAACUGGGCUGUGCUGGAGAGCGCUUCCUCCUGGUGCACUUUGAGGCCCAUUCUGCCAAGCCCCCCAGCAGUGAGAGGGGUCUCCCAGAGCUGUUCCAAGGGCUGCCCAUGUUCCAUCUGCCCUCCCAGAGCCAGGGGCUUCUCGCUGAGCUGGCCAUGGGGCCCACAGGGCCCGAGGCUGGUAUAGGUGGACAUAGGGUCUGAAGGAAGCCACACAGAGACGGUCUGUGGGACUUAUGCUUUUGUGGAGAGACUCAGGGGGGUACCUGAUUAAGGAGCUGCCUCAUAAGUGUGUUGUCACUGGAUCGCAGGCCGUUCCGAUACAGCAGAACAGUCACCCUGAGAUCAAAUCUUCCCCAACCAUUAAGACAAUACCGGCCCCCCUCAUCACCCCAAUAACCCCAGACUUUACAUUCACACUGAAUACACUGGACAUGCAAUGUGUUGGAUGCAGAAGCCUUGGAUUGUAUUUGGUGAUGUAAUGAGGGCUUUUAUUGAGCCAAUACACAGUGUGUAACCUACAGUAGGCCUACACCUUCAGGAAGGACUUCUAUGUGUGAAUUAUUAUGUAGGCUACAUGAAAUGUUUAACAAUUGUUCUUUAUCUUACUCUUAAUUCAUGAUUUGUAGAUAGAAAUGUCUGAAAGGCCUAUUGGAAUAUUUGCUGGAUCAAAACUCAAGAUAGGACAAACCUGAAUGAUAUGCAGUAAUCUAGAGGUUAGAGAGGCAGACCAGCAGCUGGAAGGUUCACGGUUUUAAGCCCCGGGCCAGGCAACACAAAAAUGGAACUGAACUGGCAGCUGGAAGGCUGCUGCUCUCUGAUCCCAUGUAACAACUCCUGUCAUUGUUCCCUUAAGCAAGGCACUCUACAUCCAACAUUUGCUCUCCAUCCAGGGGUGCUGCCCUGCUGCUGAUCCUCUGCCUCUCCUGGUGUGUGUGUGUCUGUGGGUGUUGAGAAAGGCAGAAGACAAAUUCCUGUUCUAACCAGUGGACAAUAAAGAUAUAUUUUAUUACA